AUGGAAUCUCGUCAGCAUACAUGCUCCGUCGAGGGAUGCGGGAAGUCUUUCUCGCGGAAGGAGCAUUUGUCGCGCCAUGAAAAGACGCAUGAUCCAGAGAAUAUCUUGACAUGCAAGGUUUGUGGAAGAGAAUUCAACAGAAAUGAUUCCCUUCAACGACAUUUGGCCAGGCAUGGAGAAGUUUUCAAACCAGCGCCAUCUGGGCGCAGUAAAAGAGCAUGUCUUGCAUGUCGAGCUGGCAAAAUAAAAUGUGAUGGCAAUGAGACAUGUUCAACAUGUGUGAAGAAAGGCAUCGAGUGUAAAUAUCGUCUGGAAGAUCAAGCAAUGGACGCACGAAAUGAGCAGCAACAGCUCAACAGGACAGAUUCUCAGCAGACGGAGCGAAUAGAAAUGGAUGGAGAUGCAAUCAUGGCCAUUGAUGGUGUGGCAUUGCUACCUCCAGAAACGUCUCACCUGCCAGAGCCAUCCGCAGAUACCAAAAUACCAGAAGCGUUCAAGCUUCAUGGUCCGACAGGACUGGUCGAUUGGGCGUCGAUAAAAGUACUUCCAGACGAAACUCCGAAGCAUGUUGAUGAGCCAGACCAGACUUCUGCGCAGUACCUUGAUAUAUACUUUACAUAUUUCCAUCAUCGCUGGCCAGUCAUUCAUCGCCCAUCACUUGAACUUGAUGGUGAGAAUACGCUUGUGGUGUCUUCGGCGAAGAUGAUUGGAGCUUGGUUACUGGGAAGCUUCGAAUCGAAAGCGUUCGCAAUCACAUAUCACGGUUCUUUGACAGGAUUCAGACUGACAUUCCUCGGCCAGGGUAAGCUUCACCUCUACGAAAUACCUGACAGCGUUAUCCAAGCCACGAGGCAUGAAGCUCUGGUAGAACAGCUUCUCCCUCGGCUUUGCAAAAUUACCGCCCAAGAUAGGCUCCAACAAUCAUUGUCGCCAGCCUUUUGUCAAUCCGCCCUCCUCAAUAUCAUAUUCGCCCUAUAUUAUGGUAACGAUAAUGCAAUAUCUGGCGCCAUAAUGCUUCGAAACAUUUUGAUCACUGCGCUACGAGAAGUGGGAUUCUUCAACAAAGAAUCUGCCUGGCCCGAUGAGAAGCCUGGGUAUUUUGUUCCUAUGAGAUUGGUCAAAUCUGGCUCACGCCAAAGGAUGGCAGCAUAUCUCUUCAAGAUAGACACUUAUUUGAGUGCCCUUCGACUUCAGCCGUCUUCAACACUACCCGAAGAGCUCCACUUUCCGCUACCAUGUACAUUUGGAUUAUACAACGCUGAGGGACUCCAUAUCUGGGAAGAACGCCAAGCCACUGAGCCAGUAUAUCGCAGCCAGAAUUCUAUAUGCAAGAUGGUCACCGAUAGUGUACUCGAACCAGUACCCGGAAUUGAGCAGCCGAUGUUGAUAGAGGAUGUUCAGACAUGCAUCUGUGCUAUGCACACUGCGAUAUGGAAAGUGUGCAUAUCUAACGAAUGCCCAGUCACAACCGUACUGCAAAAAGAUUCUCUCAGGAGACAGUUAUAUAAUCUGAAAACCAAACUGAGCGACAUUUUCAGCCAACUUGCCGAGAGUGCCGAUAUUGGACACGAGAAGCAUCUACCUCUUCGCUAUUACUUCGGUUACGAAGACUCUUCCCAGCCGGGGUGGCAGAAUAUUGUAGUCGCUCGUGUGAAAAGCCUUCUGUUUGACACGAUGAUGCUCUACCAUCUUUUCAAUCUUCAAAUAUUUGCAGAGAUCAGAAAAAUCACGAACCUGGCAAAAGAUCGACGACUGGGCCCAAUCGAGGAAGCUUCUCCAAUUCACCAUCUAGCUAGAGGACAGAGACUGACCGAGAUGAAGGCGUGGGGACUUACGCCGACCGCAAGAUGGUCUCUCUGCCAUGCAGUUGAUAUUCUAGUUGCGCAUCAAAACAUCGCCCAUCACGAUGCAAGCUUGGGUCUCACGAUUAGGACACUUGACCCCGUAGCGCAUAUGGCUGCAUGUGUUGCCGCGAUGGUUGUCUGGGUCUACUGCAUUCUAGACAUUCAAGGAUGCGAAGUUUGUACGCCUGGAAGUGCGACAGUUAUCGAGUUGACACGAUGGAGCGUGCCUGGAGUAGUUUAUGAAAAGGAGAAAGAUGCAUGGGUUGAGGAUGGGAGUGGCUGUCGGAUACAGCUGCAGGGAAUCCCGUUGUGCAGUUGUAACGUCGACUAUCUGAUGGCUUUGUUCCAGGGUUGUUUGCCAGAAUCCUGGUCCGUGGCCGAUUCUAUCGCUCCUGGAAUAUUCAAAUUUCCAAUAUGA